AAUCUGAUGAUACCUCUUGUUAACUACGGAGUCAAAUGCAUGUCCAUGGGUUUUUUGGUUGAUGAAAAAUCUGCCAUUGUGUGGAGGGGGUUAAUGGUGAUGUCGGCGAUACAGAAAAUGUUACGAGAGGUUUUAUGGGGUCCCCUAGAUUAUCUUGUUGUUGACAUGCCCCCAGGUACUGGAGAUGUUCAGCUUUCCAUCUCACAGAAUAUCCCUGUCUCAGGCUCAGUGAUUGUCACCACACCCCAAGAUCUUGCAUUGUUAGAUGCCAGACGUGCCUUAGAUAUGUUCUCACAAGUCAGCGUCCCAAACCUGGGAAUCAUUGAAAACAUGAGUGUCUUUCUGUGCCCAAACUGCGGUCACCAAGAACAUAUCUUUGGGGAAGGUGGUGCUAAGAACAUUGCCUUGGAGAUGGGUUCUGAAAUAUUAGGUGAAGUUCCUUUAAACAAAUCUCUGUGUGAGUUAUCAGAUUCUGGACAACCAAUUGUGAUAUCACAACCUGACAGUCCAUUUAGCCAGAUUUACAGAUCAGUAGCAGAGAAGAUAGUUAAAAAAUUGAAAGAUCAAACAAGAUGUUCAUCUUGA